AUGUAUUAUGUCAAGGGAAGGUCAGCAGGAGGGGGGGGGGGGGGGGUGGGGGGGGGGGGGGGGGGGGGGGGGGGGGUGGGGGGGGGGGGGGGGGGUGGGGGGGGGGGGGGGGGGGGGGGGGGGGGGGGGGGGGGGGGGGGGGGGGGGGGGGGGGGGGGGGGGGGUGGGGGGGGGGGGGUGGGGGGGGGGGGGGGGGGGUGGGGGGGGGGGGGGGGGGGGGGGGGGGGGGGGGGGGGGGGGGGGGGGGGGGGGGGGGGGGGGGGGGGGGGGGGGGGGGGUGGGGGGGGGGGGGGGGGGGGGGGGGGGGGGGGGGGGGGGGGGGGGGGGGGGGGGGGGGGGGGGGGGGUGGGGGGGGGGGGGGGUGGGGGGGGGGGGGGGGGGGGGGGGGGGUGGGGGGGGGGGGGGGGGGGGGGGGGGGGGGGGUGGGGGGGGGGGUGGGGGGGGGGGUGGGGGGGGGGGGGGGGGGGGGGGGGGGGGGGGGGGGGGGUGGGGGGGUGGGGGGGGGGGGGGGGGGGGGGUGGGGGGGGGGGGGGGGGGGGGGGGGGGGGGGGGGGGGGGGGGGGGGGGGGGGGGGGGGGGGGGGGGUGGGGGGGGGGGGGGGGGGGGGGGGGGGGGGGGGGGGGGGGGGGGAGGGGGGGGGGGGGGGGGGGGGGGGGGGGGGGGGGGGUGGGGGGGGGGGGGGGGGGGGGGGGGGGGGGGGGGGGGGGGGGGGGGGGGGGGGGGGGGGGGGGGGGGGGGGGGGGGGGGGGGGGGGGGGGGGGGGGGGGGGGGGGGGGGGGGGGGGGGGGGGGGGGGGGGGGGGGGGGGGGGGGGGGGGGGGGGGGGGGGGGGGGGGGGGGGGGGGGGGGGGGGGGGGGGGGGGGGGGGGGGGGGGGGGGGGGGGGGGGGGGGGGGGGGGGGGGGGGGGGGGGGGGGGGGGGGGGGGGGGGGGGGGGGGGGGGGGGGGGGGGGGGGGGGGGGGGGGGGGGGGGGGGGGGGGGGGGGGGGGGGGGGGGGGGGGGGGGGGGGGGGGGGGGGGGGGGGGGGGGGGGGGGGGGGGGGGGGGGGGGGGGGGGGGGGGGGGGGGGGGGGGGGGGGGGGGGGGGGGGGGGGGGGGGGGGGGGGGGGGGGGGGGGGGGGGGGGGGGGGGGGGGGGGGGGGGGGGGGGGGGGGGGGGGGGGGGGGGGGGGGGGGGGGGGGGGGGGGGGGGGGGGGGGGGGGGGGGGGGGGGGGGGGGGGGGGGGGGGGGGGGGGGGGGGGGGGGGGGGGGGGGGGGGGGGGGGGGGGGGGGGGGGGGGGGGGGGGGGGGGGGGGGGGGGGGGGGGGGGGGGGGGGGGGGGGGGGGGGGGGGGGGGGGGGGGGGGGGGGGGGGGGGGGGGGGGGGGGGGGGGGGGGGGGGGGGGGGGGGGGGGGGGGGGGGGGGGGGGGGGGGGGGGGGGGGGGGGGGGGGGGGGGGGGGGGGGGGGGGGGGGGGGGGGGGGGGGGGGGGGGGGGGGGGGGGGGGGGGGGGGGGGGGGGGGGGGGGGGGGGGGGGGGGGGGGGGGGGGGGGGGGGGGGGGGGGGGGGGGGGGGGGGGGGGGGGGGGGGGGGGGGGGGGGGGGGGGGGGGGGGGGGGGGGGGGGGGGGGGGGGGGGGGGGGGGGGGGGGGGGGGGGGGGGGGGGGGGGGGGGGGGGGGGGGGGGGGGGGGGGGGGGGGGGGGGGGGGGGGGGGGGGGGGGGGGGGGGGGGGGGGGGGGGGGGGGGGGGGGGGGGGGGGGGGGGGGGGGGGGGGGGGGGGGGGGGGGGGGGGGGGGGGGGGGGGGGGGGGGGGGGGGGGGGGGGGGGGGGGGGGGGGGGGGGGGGGGGGGGGGGGGGGGGGGGGGGGGGGGGGGGGGGGGGGGGGGGGGGGGGGGGGGGGGGGGGGGGGGGGGGGGGGGGGGGGGGGGGGGGGGGGGGGGGGGGGGGGGGGGGGGGGGGGGGGGGGGGGGGGGGGGGGGGGGGGGGGGGGGGGGGGGGGGGGGGGGGGGGGGGGGGGGGGGGGGGGGGGGGGGGGGGGGGGGGGGGGGGGGGGGGGGGGGGGGGGGGGGGGGGGGGGGGGGGGGGGGGGGGGGGGGGGGGGGGGGGGGGGGGGGGGGGGGGGGGGGGGGGGGGGGGGGGGGGGGGGGGGGGGGGGGGGGGGGGGGGGGGGGGGGGGGGGGGGGGGGGGGGACUCGCACGCACCUUGGACACACUGGGUGUUGA